AAUGUCCCUUGGAGAGAACUUUAUCUUUUCCAAUACCAAAGCUAGGUGGCCUCACAUUUUAGCCAUGCCAAAAGGGAUCCUAUUUGUUGAUUGAUAUUGUUCUGCCAACUGGAAUCCUCCCUUCCAAGGAAGGAAUCAGUAUCUAAUCUGCGUGGCUGCUUUCUUUUAUUUCCAUCAUGGAUGAGUCCAAUCUUGAACACAUUAACUACCACCACUCAAGAUAACUACUUUUCUCCUUCCACCUCUCUCUCUCUCUCUCCCCUGUUUCUUUUUGGAGUUAGACUUUUGGAAAGUAAAUUUUGUUUUCCUCUGAUUCAAUUCAUUAUGUUAUAGUGCUAUUACUUUGAUAAGCAUCAACACUUCUAUGAUUUGCUAACCAUACCAACCCUCUCUCUCUCUCUGUCUCUCUUUCUCUCUGAGAGGAAACAUGAUUUCAUGAAUCCACUGUGUUCCUUCCAUAACCAUAGAGAAUAUCUCAAUCUUCAGCCAUCUUAUCUCAUACUAUUGUUCUAAACCUCUCAUAGAUAUAAGAAAUUUAAUGUUCUUAGCCAAAUUCUUUCUGUAAUCUUCUCUCAAGAAACACUUUUCUGCAAUCCACUCUGCUGUAGUGAUUUUCCCUCUUUUCUUUGGAAUGGGAAAGGAGGAAGGAAAACCUCCCCCUGAAUUUAUUAAAGAAUUAGAAGAAAAUUAGUGCAACUAUAGUGCUUUUUCUCAACUCUGUUACAGUCUCCUUCCUCUUCUGAUCAACCAUAUUUCUUGAUUGUGCUAGCUUCUCUCUCUCUCUCUCUGUGUGUGUGUGUGUGUGUUUAAUUGUGUAAUUUCUAUCAUAAGCAUUAAAUUUUCAUGAUUUGCCACCCUUCUCACUCACUCCAAGAUGGGCAUCAAAAUUUUCAUGAUUUCCUUCAUCCUCACAUCAUUGCUCCUCUCCCUUCUUCUCAUUCCUUCUCUCUUAACUAAACCAAACUCCACAUUCCACCUCGCAGGCCAUCUCAGGCCAUCCUCCCAUACCAAAUUAUAUCCAGUAACCUUUGCCUAUCUCAUCUCUGCAUCGAAAGGCGAUGUCGAUAGGCUGCAGCGCAGCCUCACUGCUCUCUACCACCCUGCCAACUACUACCUCCUCCACCUUGACCUCAAGGCAUCGCCAUCGGAACGAGCCCGACUAUCCGAAUUCAUCUCGAAACACCCAACAUUCACCCAAACUGGCAAUGUUUGGAUCAUCGGGAAGUCGAACGUCGUCACUUACAGAGGCCCAACCAUGCUUUCCACCACCCUCCAUGCAAUGGCCAUUCUUCUGAGGAGCUGCCAAUGGGACUGGUUCAUCAAUCUAAGCGCCUCAGACUACCCACUUAUCACUCAAGAUGAUCUAAUUGCGGCCUUCUCUAAAUUGCCUAGAGAUCUCAACUUCAUACAACACUCCAGCCACUUAGGAUGGAAAAUCAACAAGAGGGCAAGGCCAGUGAUCAUAGACCCUGGGCUCUACAGUCUCAAUAAAUCAGAGAUUAUUUGGUCUACCAAACAGAGGAGCCUGCCUACUGCUUUCAAGCUCUAUACAGGUUCAGCUUGGACAAUACUUUCGAGAUCCUUCGCAGAGUACAGUGUGGUAGGCUGGGACAAUCUACCAAGGACCCUCCUGCUCUACUACACCAACUUCAUCUCAUCACCUGAGGGCUACUUCCAAACAGUGAUCUGCAACUCAGAGAAUUAUCAAAACACUGUAGUAAACCAUGAUCUACAUUAUAUCAAGUGGGACAAUCCACCAAAGCAGCAUCCACUCACUCUAGGACUGCAGGAUUAUAGAAGGAUGAUUCUAAGCAGCAGACCCUUUGCAAGGAAGUUCAAGAAGAAUGAUCCAGUGCUAGACAAGAUCGAUAGGGAGCUCCUCCGAAGGCGAAAUGGGCAGUUCACCUACGGCGGGUGGUGUUUGGAUGGGAAAAAUGGUGUGUGCUCUGGUGCUCGAAGAGAGAACAUGGGUGUUCUAAGACCAGGAACAGGCUCUAGGAGACUGAAAGUUCUUUUAACAAAGCUGCUCUCCCAUAAAAAUCUGAGAAGGCAAUGCAGGUGAAUACUUUAGGGAAAUGUAUAGAGAAAAAUUUGUGCUGGUGAAAUUUCUUUUAAGCUAAGGUGAGCUUGAUUGAAGCUAUAUAGAGUUUUUUGCAGAAUUGGCGGAGAUGGGCUAAUAUAAUGAUCAAUCUGGAACCAGAUAUAUUGUGAUACAGAUAAACAAAUGAAUUGUCCAAGUUGAAUGAAAUACUACAAUAAAUUGAGAUUUUUCAUGAA